AUGGGAUCGCAAUGUGUCGAUGGAAUCCGGAAACCGCCCAAGUAUCUCAAUGAAAAAACGAAGAAAUCACGGAAGGAUGGGUGUCGCGGUGUGACCUCUCCGCAGAAAACCCGGUCUCAACGAGAUAUUUCCAAUACCACAAGUUAUGGCAACAAGAUCAUUGAACAAGAAACCAGCGAUAAGGGACAUAUCAAAUACUACGGAAGCGACUCAGUUGAGGAAGUCUUCGAUGAAGUCAUUGAUCCAAAUUUUUUCUACACCGAAAGAUCGAGUUUCAAAUUCCGGAAUCAACCUACUGAGCUUACUAUCGCUAAAGGGAAUGACAAUUUCCUGACUUUUUUCUCAGAUGCUGAAUUUGCGACGUGGUCAGAGAGAUCUUCCAGCGUAUCUGAAGAUAGUGAGGAAGGGAGGUCACACCAAGCUCCAGACGACAGCUUGGGAGACAGCUUGGGGGAGUUACAAAGACGUGCAAGAGACGAACCAUAUUCCGGAUUUGCUAUCAGCAGUGGGUGGUCGAGCACAUUCUUUCCACACGAAGUUGAAGAACCCAAUAGUUGCUGA